CUCAGAACCAGGAGGCCAGGGCUGUCGACCGGAGGGGAAGGUGUAGUUUGACCGCAGCCAUGGACUACCAACUAAAACUGGCUGAAAAACUCACCAUCCUCAAUGAGAGGGGCACUGGGGUGCUGAUUCGUAUGAACCACAUUAAGAAGACCUGUUCAGACCCCAAGCUGCGGCCAGCCUUCCUCACUGAUAAAGUGAUGGAACCUGCAAUCAAAUACAUCAACAAGAAGUUUCCCAAUAUUGACUUCAGAGGAAACAUUCAAAAUCUGACGAGCAUCCAGCGACAGAAAUCUGAGGUGCUCGGAGCCACAAGCAGCUACUACGACUCUUUUCUGGAGAUCAUGUGUACGAGUUACUGAACACUAUAGAUGCCUGYCAGUGCUACUUUGAUAUUGCUUACAAUUUCGACUUCACCAAAAACUACUUGGACCUGAUCGUCACCUACGCGUCUGUCUUCCUGAUGAUCGCUCGCAUUGAUGAAAAGAAGACUUUGGUGGGAAUGUUUAACUGUGCUCAUGAGAUGACCAAUGGAUGCAGUGACCCCUCCUACCCUCGACUCGGUCAGAUGUUUGUGGAGUACGAGCACCCGUGGAAGAAGCUCACAGAGGAGUUUGGUCCUCAUACAAAAUCUGUGACAGCCGCGCUGCUUUCUUUGAAGAUGGUGUACCCACGCAGGAACCUGCCUGCCGAGCAGUGGCGGAGCGCCCAGCUCCUCAGUCUGCUCAGCRCCCCUGCUUCCAUGUUGGACCCGGCCUGCUGUGACACCAUCAUGUGUGAAUACCUGUCAAUGGAAGUGAUGGAGCGUUGGAUCAUCAUCGGCUUCCUGUUGUGCCACGGCAGUCUGAAUACAAACCAGGCUUCUCUGGAGCUGUGGAAGAUGGCCCUGAGGAGCGGCCUCUUCCUCACCCUCACCCGAGACGAGGUCCUCAACGUACACAAGGUCUCCGAGGACCUCUUUGACACACUGAAAGGAUACAGCAAGCGCAUUGCAGACAUCAAGGAAUGCCGUGAGCAUAUUUUGACCAACUGUGGAGCCAUGCACAGAGAGAAGAGGCAGUUUCUGAGAGUAGCAGUAAAGGAGUUAUGCAAAGUGCUGGAGGAUGAACCUGGACUUCUGGGACCAAAGGCCUUAUUUGUUUUUAUGGCGCUGUCAUUUUCCCGUGAUGAGGUCCUGUGGCUCGUCAGACACUCUGAAAAUAUGCCAAAAAUCAAGAUGCCAGAAGAUUACAAUGACAAUAAAAUGGCAGAACUGUUGUUCUAUAUGGAAAAGCUAAGAGGACUACUGAGAAAGUACAGCCAUGUAGUUCAGCGCUACCAUGUUCAGUACCUGGCACAGUUUGAUGCCUUGGUGCUCAACGACACCAUACAGAACAUGUAUGUUUGUCCAGAGGAGGAGUCAGUUCUGAUGAGCUCUUUUGUCUCAUCUCUUUCUGCUCUCUCUAUUAAACAAGUGGACAACAAAGAGGAAUUUGAUUUCAGAGCACAGAGAAUGGACUGGCUAAGAUUACAGGCCUACACAAGUGUGAAUAAAGCCCCUCUCCCAUUAAAAGACUAUCCUGACCUGGCAAAGGUGAUGAACAUGAUCCAGUUUCACACCAAAAUGGUAGACAGCAUGGAGGAGAUGCUYCAGGAGACGUCCGAGCUGUCCAUCUUCUGUUUCUACCCUCGUGUGUUUGAGAAGAUGUUCAGUCAGAGCAGUGAGGAGAUGACUAUGAAGCGUUACAUCAUGUCUUUCCCUUCCGUCUGUUCUCACUUCAGUCAGUGUGGACACCCUCUCUGCCCAGAAGAGCACGACUUACUGGAGAAGCGGAGUCUGCGCCUGUGUGUGACCUUCCUGGAGCAGAUAGCCAARCAGACCAGCGGUGUUAUGUUGGAGAUAUGUGCUGAGCAGCGCAAUCUCAAUGACCAGUUGCUGCCUAAACACUGUGCUGAGACCAUCAGCGCCGCUCGCUACAGAAAGCAAAAGAAACCCGUCCCUAAAAAGGGAGAGGUCCAAAAAGAGAAGCCUGGUGCUGAGAGCCUGAGAAAAGACCGAGCCGUGGUCACCAAUGUGGACAAGUUGCAUCUGAAGCUGACGGAGCUCUGCUCCUCCUACAGCCUCAGCACCGAGUUGAUCGUCUUCGACCACAUUAUCGUUCCAACAGAGUUCCUCCUGUCUCAGCUGGAGAUCCGCCUGUCUGAGAUCAUUGUGAAAAUGAUCAACUACAACCAGACCACCCAGGAGAUCACRCGCCCCUCUGACCUGCUGGCGGGGAUAAGAACCUACACAACCAGCCUGCACAACCUCGCCAGCCACAUCAACGUGGACAUCACCCGGCUGGUGAAGAACAUCCUGCUGCAGCAAACACAGCCGCUGGACUCACACGGAGGGCAGACAGUUACUCACCUCUACACAACCUGGUUCCUGGAGGGCCUUUUGCGUCAGGCAAGCAGCUGCCUCGUCGUCCACUGUCCCACCAUGCAGUGCUUCAUCAGCCAGACGACUGAAAACGAACUGACUUUCAGAGCAGAGGAGUUCUCAGACGUGGCAGAGUUACAGGCCCUGGCAGAACUGAUUGGUCCAUAUGGGUUGAAGUUUCUGGGUGAGAACCUGAUGUGGCAUAUCACCUCCCAAGUCACAGAACUAAAGAAAAUGGUGAUUGAGAACAUGGACGUCUUGAUACAGAUGAAAAACAACUUUGACAAGCCAGAGGAAAUGACCAACCUGAGGAAGAGGCUGACAGACCCUGCAGAAGCAUUGCCCCUUCCUGAUGGGCCCCAUUGAGAGCCUGAGAGACUUCAUCUCUCCCGAAGCUGACAUCCAGGUGACCCUGACCAUUUUUGAGCUGGCUUCUGCAGCAGGGCUAAAAUGUGAUAUCGAUCCUGACCUUGUAGCAGCUAUUGGCAACAUGAAGACAGAUAACACAUCGGUGGAAGAGGAGUUCAAGCUCUCUCGUUUGCUGCUCGUCUACAUCGCCGUGUCGCUGCCGUCCCUGGCUCUGGAUGCGAACUCCUACUACAGCCGAGAGCAUGGAGGUCACAAGAACAACAUCCACUGUUUAGCUGCAGCCAUCAACCAGCUGGCUGCUGCCAUGUUYACCAUUCAGAACCAGAAUAUAGAGCAGCAGCUUAAAGAGUUUCUCCUGCUGGCCUCCUCCACCCUGCUUCAGCUGGGCCAGAGUGCCGAAAGAGGAGAGGUCAAAAACCGAGAGUCCAUCUACCUGCUCCUACACAUGAUUGUGGAGGAGUCUCCUUUCCUGAGCCAAGACAUGCUGGAGAGCUGCUUCCCGUACGUUCUCCUCCGAAACGCCUACAGGGAGGUGCACAAGGUCUUUGUUGUCACUAUGGGCUGAGGACUUUUCUAAAAUAAAAAAAAUAACAAAUAAAAAAUAAACUGUGUGUCACUGAACUAAAAGAAAUGUUAUUGCACGUUUUGUUUUCAUUUCAAUUCAUCUUUGUAUUCACACCAGUCUCCCCACAGGCUAAUAAUGGACUUGGGUCAUUUGAUGUGUUAUUUCCUGGGAGUAAUAAUGUUUUACUUAUAAUGGAUUUUCAUCAGCUGUGGUGUUACUAAUGUUGUCAAACUCAUUUCAAUCAGCAGCAAAGAUAAAUUGUUUCAUUUUGUAUUAUUWGCACCCGCAGGGCUGGGAUUUAAAGAAAACACAUUUUGGUAAAAUAUGUAUAAAAAAUAAAUCUUCACUUUUGAUGUGAA